AUGGCUGUAACCGCUUUGUUUUCACGAUGCGCUCGCUCGGGUGCAAGCCAUAUCCGCGCACUUUCUCAGCGGAAUUUUUCCUCGGUCAAGGAAGUAGUUCCACUCGCAUAUCAUCUUUAUGAACCUACCGACUCGACAGCCCCAAAGAAUGAUGCGCCAGUUGUGGUGAUGCACGGUCUAUUCGGGUCGAAGCAGAAUAACCGCACGAUCAAGCGCUUGCACGGGAUUUGA